AUGAUAACCUUGGGCAACAGCGCCUUCAAACCGUACUACCGCGACGCGCAAGUCAUCGAAACGACUGCUGAAUCAAAAGCAUGCCAAUCGGCGUUGAGCGAAUCCCCGGAAAACCCGAUGGAUCUACUCACCCAGUUGAGCUUACUGGCGAAUUUGAAGAACCAACUCGACCCGGCAACUCUGUCACAGCUCGGCGACUUGCAGGAAACGGUGCAAAGUGCGGCCGCGAUUUUGCAACAACUGGGCGUCACCCUUCCCCCACCUCCUCCCCUCGCCAUCCCAUCAUCGAUCGAACAAUUGAUCGCCGCGCACAAUGCCACCAAUCAAACGAUUCUGACCCCCGGUUGCCCGCAAGCUGUCCUUGGUGCUUCUACCUCGACUCCUCAAUCUUCAUCAGGCGGCUCCGUUCCCCCCACGGCUCCGCCCUCAGUGACCCCGUCGAUGAACGACGAGAACGGAAAGAACAAACGCAAGCGCACCACGUUCACGAAUGUUCAACAGGCUCAGCUGGAAAGGGAAUACGAGCAAGACCAGUACAUGCCCCGAUCGAGGCGGCUCGCCGUCGCGGACGCUUUGCGACUCACCGAGAGUCAGGUGAAAACGUGGUUCCAAAAUCGACGCGCAAAGGACAAAAAGACCAACAGAAUCACUGACCCAACCCCACCAAUCACCUCUCAACAAAUGGCGGGCGUCUCUGAUCGCCAAGCAGCACCCACAACCAAUCAGCCACCGGGAGGAGUCGCACUGCCCAACCACAGUCUCCCAAGAAGCCCACCGACGCUCACCAUUCCCAGGAUUCCCUCAUCUUUUCCCGCGAUCAACAAUGGCGAUUUGUAUGGAUCAGCGCUCUCGACCCCGUCUUCGAUGGCUCAAACGCCGGGACUGACCGGGAUCUCCUCAUUGCCCUCACCUUACCCCCAACAACAGCAAACGAGACCAAAUGAAUUCCUUCCCCAAUUGCCCGAGUUAAACGCCUUCUCGUACAAUCAGCUCGGGCUGAACGGAUUAAAUUUGGCGCAGAUCCAGCCGAGCCUCUCCACAGAUCUCUACUCGACUUUCGGCUAUCCGAGAGGCACCAACCCCGUGCUUUCACCGCAAUACUCGACAAUCUCACAAAUUUCAAAUCUCCCGAUCGAUCGAUCGAAUCUCUUCGUGAACCAACUCGACAACGACUCCUCGGCCACGGCGAUCACUCCACCAAUGCAACAAAUGAAU